AUGGCUAUAUCACCUCCACCAACUCCCACACCACAACAUGCUUUUUGUUUGAAAUUUUUUCAUUCGCCGUGUUGUUUUUCUUCACAGCAGGUAGAGAUACAUCGGGUCACUCAUUCAUCUCUUAGCGACAAGUACUUCCACGUGGUGGAGCUAAUCGAGCCGUACAUCUCGCCAUCCGGCCAGCACCAUAAGAUCGGCAGGGGCAGAUACAUCCCUGUGGAAGUGAACGUGGACUACCUCAACCCCCAGCAAGCUCGGUUCGAUCAGAGGUUGAACAUCAUGCUGAUGAGUAGAGCACCCGUCGUCUGGUACAUCUACUGCAAGGGCAACGAUCGAUUUCAGUUUAUUGUAAGCGGGAAGGCCCGCGAUCUCGAGGAAUCCCUGAGUGAAUGGGGUAGCGCCGUUGAGGAAAUUCCCGACAAUGCCACCGGGGAGAGUUAUUUGCAGUGGGCUACGGAGAGUUAUGGCAAGCCCCUUUACUAUACUCGGGUGAAAAAAGCCAACAAGAUUCAGAUUCUCAUCGGGGCUAUGAAGACUGGCAGAAGGAAGCCUGUCACUGAUGACGUACCGGUGUUUAAAGGCAGGCAGGUAUCGAGAUUGGACGAUGACUACGUUGUGCCGACUGUGAAUCACAUGGUCGAGUUUGUGAGAAACUACUUCGUCGUCAACUGUCACAAUGAUGUUCUCGACGUCGUCCUACCUUACUAUAAUCUCAAGUACAACCCGAGGAAAUACUAUUUCACCCUAUCUGAUGUCUCCUGCAAGCCAGAUGUGCUACCCGAAGCCUUCCACUGGCGUACUUCCGUAGGCAAGUGUGGGACCAAGGCCGAUGAAAAUACACCGAAGAUGAUUCGGAAUGAGGUUGAGAUUGGGACAUUUGGGGUUGGGAUUAAUAUACUCAUUCACGAGUACAUGUCUAGUACUCGUGAAUUCCUCGAUUAUAAGAGCCCCACCACUUUGCCCAUCUACUGCAAGACUAAUAACUUGCACGAUAUCUUGUUUCAGCCCCCUCAGACCGAGGUGUCGUACAGGGCCUAUGGCUACAGGGACGAUGGCUCCUACCCAAACUACCCCAUCAACCUCAAAAAUGACAAAAUUCUCUUCUUGAUAGCGGAUCUUAGAAUAAAAGUGAAGGUGGAGCCCUUUGUUAGAGCUAGAUUCGACAACUGCUGGGCAGAAACGGCCGGUGAUAGCGAGGAUGCUAACAUCACGAGAAUUGAACUAUUGCGCGAUGGCUGCAUGUUAGACGAAGACAUGCUGGCUUGGAAGUGGCGGGUAAGCAACCACAAGGGUUUCAUAAUAGGGGAGUACCUAACUCAGGAUCGAAUCCACAGAAAUCUAAACGACUACCUCACAUCGUUUCACGCUGGUGUGGCCAACGAACGCCACGACGACUUGUGGCUCGAAGAAGGGCUGCAGUAUAAUUACAGACCCCUCUCCGUUACUAAUAAUAGCACUGUUGUCAAGUGUACUGUCUCUAUGUGCGUUAAAUCCAGGCAUGACUCUGUGCCUGGUCUGCUACAGUGCGCCAGAGGGCUGAGGGACAAAUGCAGAUCUCCAAUGUUGACGAAACUCUUCAGCGAUAUUGCCAACAAUGGCCAUCAUCGUAAUGACGUCAUCGACAACAACAACAACAACAACAAUAAUAAUAAUAACCAUAAGAAUAAUACAGACAUCCAUAACAAUAAUAAUAACGAGGAGGAAGAAGAAGAAGAAGAAGAAGUUGAAAUUCCUCCUCCCACAAAUGUUACCAUGGGUCCUUUCGUUGUUGUAGAUGGGAUAUUCUUGCGUUCGAACCCGGUUACUACUGCUCUAUCCCGACCAAGCAACAUUACAAACGAGAACUACAUUUUCCACUUCCUCGGCAACCAGGAGACCCCUAGACCGCCCCCUCCAACCACCCCGAAAACCCCAAGACGCAGAAAAAUCAACGACAGCAGCAAUAACAUUACCACUAACAGCCACAACGGCCACAACAGCCACAACAACGGCAAAUUCAGUGACGACGGCUACAUCAAUAAGAAUGCCGCGGACGACAUGCACGACGUUAAUGAUGCUUACAAAAAUUUAAGGAGCCAUCACGGUGAUAACGAUCCCAGUAAUCAUAAUCACAAUCAUCCGAGUGUCCAGAAUCACAAUGAUGACGAUGAUGGUGGUGUUGGUGGUAUGAGUGACAAAAAUAAUCAUCAAUACCAUCUUCACCAUCAUCAUCACACUGACGUCAGUGAUGGUAGUGAUGAUGGUGGGGGAGUUGCUGAGAAAGUUCAACUGGCCGAAAGUGGUGAUGGUGGUGGAAAGUGUAAUGAAGGUACGAUAGCCGUACCGACUGUAGUGUUGAUAGCCAUAGGGGCCUUCGGCAUUGGCGCCCUACUCGUCGGAACACUAUGGUGCAUUCACAGUAGGACUGGUCACAGGAAGAAGAAGGUGACGGGGACGUCGAGGUGCAUGCCCCGAGCCACACUCAUCAAAAAAAAUGCAGAAUCCACGCAAGGAACUCUGACCAAUCAGACGUGCUGCCCUACGUUUGCUAACUCGUGAUUGGCUGGACGGCGAUUGACACUAUACAACUAUCUACCUACAUUUUCAUAUAUAUAUAUAUGUAUAUAUAUAUAUCACAUUGGGCAUUUUAUUUCAUCAUCAUAAGAAUGAAUAAUCAUUGUUAUCAUUUGCAUGGUCAUUAUUACCUUAUCAUUGUAUCUGGCAUCAUCGUACAACUUGGUUGUUAUUGUUUCUUACUCAUGGUACUUUUUUAAUUUUUAACUUUUCGGUUUAGGUGAUGAAAAACGGAUUAUUGCUCGGGCGUUUUUUCAUUCGUUCAUUCGUACAUUCAUUCAUUCAUUCGCUCGUUCAUUCGUUCGUUCGUUCGUUCGUUUAUUUAUAUGUUAUAUGUUGUUGCGAUGUUAAUGCUGAACUCGCUGGCAUUAAUUGAUCAGUUAAUUAUUUAUUUAUAUUAGUACUUGUUAUAAAAAUAAUAAUUAUCAUUAUCAUUUCAUUAUUUUCAUUAGUAAGUCAUAUUGAUCGUCAGCUAAUGUUACAUACAGUCAUAUGAUUUCCUCAUAAUCAUAUCAGUUAUGUGGUCUGUGUGUGUGUAUGUGUGUGUGUCUACGUGUGUGUGUGCGUGCGUUUGUGUGUGUUUGUAUAAUGAAUAUAGGAGUAAAUUUUUUCAUUAAAUUCGCUUGGCGUAAGAAAAUAUAUUACCGCAUGCCAGACAGGAGAGUUGAGAUUUCGUCAUAAUUAU